UUACUAAUGUAUUGAAUAUGACUGAAGCACCAUUGGACAAAACUGCACUAGAAUUCGCUAUAUGGUCUUACGUAACACAUCUCCUAACAUCGUUCCAAGGACUCAUCAUUGCAUUUUUAUAUUGCUUCAUGAACGGUCCGCAAUGCAGUCUUUAAAAGUCUAAAUGCAUACAUUUCCGUUCGUGGGAAUGAUGAAUAUCCAAUGAGACGACCGUCGAUUUCUUCAAAUGUGUAUGAUGUAGUUCCCGGAGACGAAAAUGCGCACAAUUGAACCAAACAGCCACCGUACGAUUAUAGAAUGUUCCAAUCGGCAUAACACUCCAAAACGAAAGAUGACAAACGAAAACGGCCGAGAGCAAGGCGCGAUGACAGUUCUCCCAACCGCUGCUGAAUUCAAAGCACCUAAGAUGCAAGGUGAGAUGUGCCGGCCGAGGGGUCGUAACAUAUUCAAUUAGAUAUCUUUUUAGAUUCGUUGAUUUAUAGUAGGAUUUUUUUCUAUUUCAAAUAUGAUUUUCCUAAAGCUGAAAUGUCGAGAGGAAAUGUCCAUAAAACACGUAACGCUUGAAGAGAAGGGAGGGAGAACUAUCUGACAAAGUGUUGCCACCCAUGCGAAAAUUUUUGAGGAUCUAUUUAUUUCUGUUCUGCGUAAUCAAUGGACGAUCUCUAUUUGAGUUAUUAAAUAAAUAAGAAAUUUGAGAAAACUUAAAAUAAAUGGAAAACAAAUUGAAAAGUGAAUAAAACCCUAAAUCAAUCCACCUAGCAGUGAGACCAAGCCUUGCUCUUUAUUAUUUGUUUGAAUAGAUUUACAUGAAAAAUUUGUAGAAAAAAAAUACAGUUUGAUAAUUUCUGCUGGAUUUGAUUUUCACUCUAAAUAACGAAUUUCUGGUAGCCAAAAGGACAACAAUACCGAACGUUUUAAACAUAAUAUUUAGACACAUAUGAAAUAAAUAAAUAUAAAUAAAUAUAAAUAUAUAAUAUAAAUAAAUAAAUAUGUUUUAAAUAUGUGAUGCGAUUUUUUUUGUUCCUGGUAUAAUCGAAACGUCACUGUACUCAUAUAUAAGUCGGACUCGAUUAUAUAUCAUUUAAGAUUAAGAUAGUAGGAAAAUUUUCCCUGAGGAAGAACAGCCUAAAAAUACCAAAUAUCAUUCAAUAUGAGAAGUUGUGGAACAGUAUGAUGUGCGCAAAAGUGCGACUUUUGCGGAAAAGGAUAUCCAAAUUUUACCUGUUCCGAGUUUAAGUCAUUCUCCGUGCAGCAACGAUUGAAAAAGGUACGCGAGAAAAACAUUUGCUUCAAUUGUUUGAGAAGAGGUCAUCACAGCAGUAAUUGCCAAUCUGCAAAAUUCUGCACAAAGUGCAAACGCCGUCACCAUUGUCUGCUCCAUUUAGAGUAGCAGCGAUCAGCAAACGAACAGGAAACAUCACCUAAACCAGAAGUCCCUGCUCAGCAGGAAAAAGAGCAGCAGCCUCCACAAACAACUACCGCCACCUGCAUCCAUAAAAACUACUACCGCUCGGCAUCCAUAAAAACUAGACCGCUGCAGCAGGUACUAUUGCUGACAGCUGUAGUGGAUGUCAUCGAUAAAAAUAACAACCCCCGCCCCUGCAGAUUUUUACUUGACUCAGCUUUCCAAGCAAACUUAGUGUUCCGAACAAUGAUGGAAAAAUUAGGCUUGAAGCAGAAUCCAUCCAAUAUAGUAGUGGAAGGCAUUAACAACAUAAAGAGCCGUUCGUUGGGUAGUUGCGUCUAAAAAAUCCGUUCCAGGUACUCUAAUUUUGAAGCCAACGUCAGUUGCUUUAUCACGGAUCAGGUUACGGCAGACUUGCCAUCUUCAAGCGUGGACAUAAGUGCAAUGAAUUUGCCGUCCGGAGUACGUCUUACAGAUCCACAAUUUUAUCAGAGUGGAAAAAUUGAUUUGUUGCUAGGAAACCAAUGGUUCCUCAAGUUACUGCUACCAGGUCAGAUUAUAUCGGAAUAUAUAUAGUUUGCUUGUCUUUCAGUCACGCGCACGACAAACGAAAGUUACUCAAAUUACCUUUUUCCCAAGCAAACUCUGAACCUGAGGUUUGUUUUUUUGUAAAGUUUGUUUUUUUUUAGUGUAGCAACGCAAACACUCCUGUUCUGACUACAAGUUACCCUUGCUUUUAGUCCUCCACUCACUCCCUCUCGCCUGGUAUGAAACCAAUCGUAAGGAAAUCAAAGCUAACUGCGUCCUAACUAAUAUUCGGCACACGUGUUAAAUUAGCACAUGGCUAUAGGUUCUGAUACAGGUGCAUCGACAAAAACCGCCAAAAACGUAAUAAUGUGCGGAAGGCAAUUUUGAGAUGUAAGAAAGACAUAGUAUCAAAGAUAUCAAGCAUGUAAAUGAAAUCUAAAGUUAGCCAAACCACUUUCAGUUGAUUAUGAACGUUACUUUAUAGUUACAUGUCCUAUAAGUUCUGUAAUGUCAUGGCAUUGCCAUCAAAAUUAGGUUGUCAAGUGAUGGAAUAAGGCAGUACGUGAUGUAAUUCAUUGAAGAUAGACUAUGAAAAAGUCAAGAACAUGAUGGGGAUUAUAAGCCUUUUGCUCGAGAAAAUGAGCAGAUUGGAUUUUUUAAGUGUGUAGCAAUUUUUAUAUGCAUUGAAAUUGUAAUUUUUCAAAAGUACAGUUAUCCGAUAACAAAAAGUUGUUUGUUUAUUUGUUUGUUUGUUUUAAGACGUUAAUAACGAACAUUUAUAAAAAAUUGAAGAAAAGCGGCUGUAACUCGGCAAAGCCAUUUUAUGCAAAACAUCAUAUCGAGUUUCAAGUUUAGCUUAUGGCGCGUGACAAGCCGCACUUAAAAUCUUUCCAAUCCAAUUCUCUCAAAUCAAAUCAAAAUCUUUCCAAUUUUUCUCAAAGCUCUAAUAAAAUUUACAAAAAUGUUCUCAAGAAGAUUUACUUAAAGAUAGAGCAAUAUAUUUUUUUUUCCAUAUUUUCAAAAAUAGGAAAGAUAUUUAACCUACACAAGACAUGCUGCACAUAUUGUACCCCAAAUUGUUUUUUUAAGUAUAUUAUGACGUUCAAAAUGUACAGGGAAAGGGAUAAUUAUUUUGCUGAUAGGUGAAAAUUUUAGCUGUUUCAAAAAAAUUUUGAGUAUAAAAUAAACCCAUUCCCGACGGGUGACAUUCAAACUUUUAUUCAAGUUCAACAAUGUUACCGACGAUGUCGAAACAAUUAUAUGAACUAUGUAUAUAUGCAUGUUAUACGUUUGUUAGUUUUGUAAAAUAUUGCUGUUGUUUAAAUGUUUAUUUAUGUUCGUGUAGAUUAAAAUUAAAAGGCUCAAAAAUAUUAUUGUUUAGGAAUAAGAUAGAAAAUAAGGAAUUAACCCUAAAAAUUUCAACCUUUCAAAUAGUCACCCAGCCCUAAAAAUACUUGUCGAAGACUAUGCAUGAAGUCACAAAAAAAACAAUAUUGUACAGAUUAUAAAAAAGACGGCAAAGAACCGCAUUAAAAUACCCAACCCUGGAAAAAAGAUAGCACUACUAACAACUCGGAGCAAUUUCAGUGCAAUGGACAGGCGAAUAUUCGCCCGAGCACUACUGUAUCCUGUUGAUGAUGAAGAGGGAGAGAGAAAGAGAGGUUGAGAGUAGGGCGAAGAAAGCUGAAGGAGGAGUUGGAAGUUGACCACGGCAGAGUGAGGAUCGUUGUUGCCUGCUCUGCUUGAAUGUCGAAACCGAAAUUAUAAGAAGUUGAAGAGUACACGAAACCGAUAAAAAAAACGCGACGUGAGUGUCACUAGAGACCGGUAGAACCGCUGAAUUUAAAAGGGAUCCGCAGGACCGCUGGUUUGCAAAAGGCGGUUCCCAACCCGAGGACGAUUAGCUCCACGUGCCGCGGGCUUCGAUUUGUGGGGCGUGAAAACCUUCAUCGCCACGUGGAACGGCAGCAGAAGGCGAUUGAAGCCGAGAGGAUUUCGGCCGGCAGUUGGACGUCGAAGGAAAAGGCGUACGAAAUUAGAAGAGUCAUCCUGUUCCUGGCGGAAGUGCUGGUGACCGGCGAGUCUAGCUAUCGUCGCGUCACUCGUUUUCGACGGUGGGAAACGGACGUUCUGGAGGAGAAGGCCCGAAGAGGUCCGGUUGAGCCUGGCCCCCGCUCUUCGAGGCACGAGCCGAUGGGUUUCCCCCUCAUCUACGAGCACGGUGGAUAGGGUGAAAGUUACGUUGUGCAACGAGGCGACGGCCAUUGUACAAUAGCGCUAUUCAUCACGGUAAAUCUGCUGCAGGUAUGUCAUCCCGGGUCACUCACCCUCUCCCUCGCAUGCACGUUCCAGUCUUCAGUUUCUGACGGCCGCAACGUACCACUAUUUCCAUGGAAAAUUUGUAUAAAUAUAAGUAAUUAAAAUGAUUUGUUUCGUAUAAUUUAUCGGUCACUGAGCCUUGUAUGUCUUGCAUGUGUACUUAGUUCCUCUUCCUUUUGAAUCAGGUGAGUUAUUGGUCGUAAGUCUUCCUCAAAAAGCGGUGGAAAGCCGACCCUAGGGUCCAUGUAACCCCUGAGCUAGUCGUUUGUUACAUUUGGCGAUCCACGUAAAGAAAAAUACUGUCAGUGAAUCUGACAAAAUUUUUCCCACCUGCUUGGGGAGACUCACGAUCUGUACCUUUCGUAUCGUGAAAGUUGUAUUGAGCAUGCCCAAUUUAUAUGUUUUAGGUACACUAGUAAACCAGCUCGUUUGAAAACGUAAAAAAGAAGCACUAAAGGCUAGUUGUACACUUUCGUGAGAACGCACAAGUGAAAUCAUUUUGAAUUGUCUGAUUGUAUCAUUAGUAUUUAAGGAGUGCUAUUCGUAUUCAGAUAUUGCGAGAAACAUAUUGGUCCUAUUAUUUCGCCCUGAACGAGUCACCAUGGCUCAAGCUUAGCCCCCAAAUAAGCUAGAAGUGCGGGAAUGUGAUAUAGAAGACUAUUUUAGUGAGAUUAGAGUAGAUCAUCUCAAUGAAGAUGAACUUGAUUACGAACUUGAAGUUUGAGGGGUAAUACCCGUUCCGAAUGAUACCGUGAGUAGGAAACGUCGCUCGCUUAGAAAGAGAAUUAGGCAUGAAGAAAAACAUGAGAAUGUUCCAAGUUCGAAAACUUUUAAACGCGCGCCCACCGCAGAAAUUGAAAAAUGUGAAUUAAAACUAAAACAGACUGAAGAGAUAUUAGCGAAUUCGUCGAAGGUUGUUCCUCCAAGAUGCAAGUCAUCGUUAUUACAUUUAGGAAGUAGAGUGAAGUUGCUUAAAAAUUUUGUAGGAGAAGAGGAUAUGCGGAAACUGGAUCAAAUGUUGUACAAAAAUUUGUUUCUCUUGAAUACGUAUUUUUACGGAAAACCGUCAAUCCAAGGUCAGAUAGUUGAUGAUGUAGGAUUGAACGAUUUAUUCGAUAAUCCUAAUUGGGGGAGUGAAACAAAGACGAGCGAACAGCAGGCAAAACAAGAAGAAGUGUUGUCCAAAGACGACAAAGAUAUUUUAGACUCUUUAGGUCGGUUAGGAUUGAUUGACGCAGAAAAACCAGACGUUUCGUCCGUAAAAGAAGCAUUAUCGGAAUUAGAACAUGAGGUGUACUUCUUGAGAAGAUUUAAACACUACUAUACUCAAGCCCAGAAUAAAGCAGUCUCAGUCCCGAACACAAUAUACUACCCGCAAACUACGUACACUGGUACCAAACCAAAAUAUUCAGUGUCGUAUCCUUCCGCGAAUAUACCGUUUCCAAACUAUUAUUCACUUCCAUCGACAGUUAGUAUGACGACCACUUUGACCACAUCAAACGUGGGUCCGCGAGUAUCAGCAUGUUCGAUUUCGGAUAACGUCUUUUAUGUUGAUACCGUAAGACAAACAGUUCCAGGAUAUAAUCCAGCUUCAUACCCGUUCCAUAAUACGCAACCCGUACCCCAACCGUUUCCUGGGGAAUGGAAUAGCCCUCAAGUCCCAGAAAUCAACCCAGUUCCAACCUCGAGAGCAAUACCCCAUUCUUGGUUUCAAUCAUACUGCCCCACUCCGGAUUGCAUACCCGUGUCGCUCCCAAUUUCCCAAUUUUAAUCGCCAAUCAUUGCCAGUAGCGAGAUGGAAGCUAGAUAAAUAUGCCGGUAACGAUCAAGGGUUAAAAUUAAACGAGUUCUUGAUGCUCGUAUCUCAACUAGCAUUAUCAGAACACACCUCCAAAGAAGAACUAUUCGAUUCUGCCUUCCAUUUAUUUAGCGGACCUGCUCUCAACUGGUUCAUGGCCAUGAGAUCAUCUGGUCGGUUGUUGAGUUGGUCCCACCUAGUGCAUGAACUUCGCAAGACUUUCGCUCAUCCCGAGCUAGACUCGAUGAUUAGAGCUAGACUCAGCCAACGCAGACAGCAGCGUAACGAAACGUUUCAGGAUUUUUUUUACGAAAUGGAGAGCCUGUUUCGUUCAAUGAUAAACCCCAUGAGUGACUGGGAGAAGUUAGAUUUGCUUAAAAGUAACCUGAGUGUCGAUUAUAAAAAAUCUCUUCUUUGGAAAACUAUAACUUGUCUUCCAGAGCUUAUUGAAGCCGGUCAUAAGAUUGACGCUUCAACCUUUUCGUUAUAUUCUAAAGUUUUUGGUACUGAAAAAAUGUCCCACGCUAUAUCAGAAGAAAAACCCGUUGAAAAUAUUCAUAGGGGUGGGAGCCAGAGGCAAGCAUUUAAAUUUCAAGAUCAAGCCAAAGUCUUUAAUAAGGUUAAGAAGGAUGAUUCAAAAAAGAAGGACCCUCCUCCCGAUAACGCCCAGCUUCCUAGAGAGAAGAACCAAGACCAGGCUAGGCAGUCGGCCGAAACUGAUCCUCGAGAAGGCUCUUCUAAGCCCACUAGAACUUUGGCAGCCCUACUUACCACUCAUCGUCCCCCAAGAAGCUAUGAAUGCCUAUAUUGUCACCAGCCAAACCAUGCAUUAGAACAGUGCAGAAACUAUCGAGGCCUGUUGUGUUUUGUUUGUGGCUUUAAAGGGUUUGAUACCCAAAAUUGUCCCUUCUGCCGAAAAAACGGUCUGCAGACGAUCGGACAUCGCCAGUCAUUUCCGAACAACGAGUAAAUCAAAACGAAAAUUCAGCUUCGAAAAUUGUUCGUUAGUUUUGGAAGGCAGCUGAAGAAAUUUUAUGGAGUUUUCGGUUUUAUCUUUUUUUAAAUGCCUGAUGAUAACAGUAUCUCUGAUACCAGCCUGUGAUUCUCAUACUUCUAAUUCCGCUACGUAAAACAACUUCAACCCCAGAUUUUAUUCACAAAAUAUUUGAGAAUGGUUUUAUGGCCCACAGAUGGCCCGUUAAGUAAAAUAUUGUCUUGGUGGUUUGUCUAAAAUGAAAAGAAAAUAUUAUUGCUGAACUUAUACACACCAUGCAAAGGAGUAGUUGUUAGUUCCCUACAGCGCUGUUACGAGAUUAGUAGUUAUUUAUUAUCCGGUAAAUCCUAAAUAUGUUAUCUUAAUUUUACCCGUGGGAAUCAGCAGUCAGCAGACAUAUUGCCUGAGAAGGAGCACGAACGUAUGACAUUUGACAUAGCGUUUGUCAAAGUAGGCAGUUGUUUUCGCCCUGUUCGUGUAACUCUGUUCGUAUAAAAAUGGGUAACACGUGAUGCUGUCUCACAACUCCUUGUUAGGUAGAGUUGUGAGCCGUAAUUAAAAUAGUGAUACACCGUUAUUGUAAAUUCCUCUAAAUAGGAAAUUACUAUUAAAAAAGGUGACACUUAACAUUUUAAAAUGUAGCACGCUACACCCGACGGUUUAAGUGAAUGAAACUGUAAGGGUGAUACUAAGCGUAUAUAGGAAAGCGUGUAUAACGACAAAGGCAGUCGAGCCUCUUCGUUUCUCUGGAAGUAGAAUAUGCUUCCAGAGCUAGAUUAUCAGUAGGUUUAGGUUAACGAAUACGUAUUCAAAUAAAUGAGACAUAGAGUGAAUGAAUGAAGUCUGAAUGAAAGUGGGCCCAAUUGACUGAGAUAAAAUGAUUGUAGUGAGUGUAAGUGUGGCUAGUUUAUAAUAGGAUAGGUAAAAAUAAGAUAUUAGUAGGAAGAAAUAGUAGGCGAGAUCGAGGAAGAUAAAAUGUUUCUCGAACCCUGAAUAUGAAUGGAUAGUAAUUAAGUGUUCCGACAGGCGAUGAGUCGACCAUGAAAGAUUUUCAAGGUGAGUUAACCGAGCUGCGUUUCCACGGAAGAUAUACGUAUAUUCCGAGCUAUGUCAGUAUCUGAAAUAAUAAAUUGGUCAGGGCUUGGUAAAAGUUGGACAAGAUACUUAAAAAUUCCUGAGUAGCUUACUCAGUAAUUUUUCCCUGACGGAGGGAUGAUUGUUACCGACGAUGUCGAAAAAAUUAUAUGAACUAUGUACAUAUGCAUGUUAUACGUUUGUUAGUUUUGUAAAAUAUUGCUGUUGUUUAAAUGUUUAUUUAUGUUCGUGUAGAUUAAAAUUAAAAGGCUCGAAAAUAUUAUUGUUUAGGAAUAAGUUAGAAAAUAAGGAAUCACCCUAAAAAUUUCAACCUUUCAAAUAGUCACCCAGCCCUAAAAAUAUUUGUCGAAGACUAUGCAUGAAGUCACAAAAAAAAAACAAUAUUGUACAGAGCAUAAAAAAGACGGCAAAGAACCGCAUUAAAAAUACCCAACCCUGGAAAAAAGAUAGCACUACUAACAACUCGGAGCAAUUUCAGUGCAAUGGACAGGCGAAUAUUCGCCCGAGCACUACUGUAUCCUGUUGAUGAUGAAGAGGGAGAGAGAAAGAGAGGUUUAGAGUAGGGCGAAGAAAGCCGAAGGAGGAGUUGGAAGUUGACCACGGCAGAGUGAGGAUCGUUGUUGCCUGCUCUGCUUGAAUGUCGAAACCGAAAUUAUAAGAAGUUGAAGAGUACACGAAACCGAUAAAAAACGCGACGUGAGUGUCACUAGAGACCGGUAGAACCGUUGAAUUUAAAAGGGAUCCGCAGGACCGCUGGUUUGCAAAAGGCGGUUCCCAACCCGAGGACGAUAAGCUCCACGUGCCGCGGGCUUCGAUUUGUGGGGCGUGAAAACCUUCAUCGCCACGUGGAACGGCAGCAGAAGGCGAUUGGAGCCGAGAGGAUUUCGGCCGGCAGUUGAACGUCGAAGGAAAAGGCGUACGAAAUUAGAAGAGUCAUCCUGUUCCUGGCGGAAGUGCUGGUGACCGGCGAGUCUAGCUAUCGUCGCGUCACACGUUUUCGACGGUGGGAAACGGACGUUCUGGAGGAGAAGGCCCGAAGAGGUCCGGUUGAGCCUGGCCCCCGCUCUUCGAGGCACGAACCGAUGGGUUUCCCCCUCGUCUACGAGCACGGUGGAUAGGGUGAAAGUUACGUUGUGCAACGAGGCGACGGCCAUUGUACAAUAGCGCUAUUCAUCACGGUAAAUCUGCUGCAGGUAUGUCAUCCCGGGUCACUCUCCCUCUCCCUCGCAUGCACGUUCCAGUCUUCAGUUUCUGACGGCCGCAACGUACCACUAUU